UUCAUAUACGUGUCAUCAAGGAGCAGGUAGGGAUUAGAAAUAGGUAAUCAAACCCAGUUUGGUUGAAUGUAAGAGACCUUAGCCACUAUGCUAUGCUGCUAACCCUUCAGACCAGCGCCCAAAACUAAUGUUUGUCCCAACAUUUUCUUCAUAUUCUCCUAAUCCUGAACCUAUGCUACUGACAUGACGUUUGUUGAUUAUCCAUCUUCGUCUCUCACCUCCCCUUCCAGGGGAUCCCUGCUCUGGGGACUGCUGAUUGCUGAGCAUGCUGGGUAAUGAAGCACAAACCUCCAGCCAUCUCACCCUGGUGAAUUCGGAAGUUUCUGACAUUGACACCCGGGACGGACGACGCGAGACCAAGAUGGCAGAGCAUGUGGAGAGCCUGGACAUGAGGGAGCUGGACAUGGGAGAGGGGGAGGAGGUGGACUUUGAUGGGAACUGCUUGGUGGACUGCCGCAUCCCGUUCUCGGCCGUGUACAAGACGGUGAGCUUCAAGGACGGCGGGCAGGUCUACCUGCCCGCCGUCGCCAUCACCGCCAGCAUCCUGGAGGUGGAGCGCAACACCUCCGCCCAGGACCGCUUCAACCUCUCCCACCAGCGCAGCGUCAACAAGGUCCAGCCGGCAGUGUUUAAGAUAGAGCUGAGGCACGGGGAGUUCUCCUGGGUGGUGAGGAGGAAGGAGAAGCACUUUAUGGAGCUCCACCGAGAGCUGCUGCGCUACAAGACCUUCAUGAGGAUCCCACUGCCCUCACGCAGCCACACAGUGAGGAGGAAGAGCGUGAGGAAGAGUGAGGUGAGGGAGAUGCCCUCCCUGCCCCGGGGCAGGGGUGACGAGCUGGCCCGGGACGAGCAGGUCUCCAGCAGGAGGAAACAACUGGAGGACUACAUCAACAAACUGCUCCGAAUGGCCAUGUAUCGCAAAUACCACCACACUAUGGAGUUUAUAGAUGUGAGCCAGAUGUCUUUUAUCCACGACCUGGGGCCUAAAGGACUGGAAGGGAUGGUCUACAAGCGUUCAGGAGGAUAUCGGAUCCCUGGCAUGAACUGCUGUGGGCACAGCAAGGCCUGCUACCGCUGGUCUAAACGUUGGCUGGUGGUGAAGGACUCUUGUCUCCUGUACAUGAAGCCGGACACUGGAGCGAUCGCAUUCGUCCUCCUGGUGGACAAGGAGUUCAGCAUCAAGAUGGAUUCCAAAGAGACGGAAACCAGACAUGGAGUCCGCAUCGACAACCUCUCCAGGUCUCUCGUGCUGAAGUGCAGCAGCUUCCGCCACGCCCGCUGGUGGGGUCAGAGCAUCGAGAGCUUCGUGAGGGCCCACGGGAAAGCCUUCCUCCGAGACCACCGCUUCGGCUCCUUCGCACAGGAGGAGGAGAACAUCCCCGCCAAGUGGUAUGUGAACGGGAGGAAUUACAUGGAGGACGUGGCAGACGCUCUGGAGGAAGCCCAAGAAGAGAUCUUUAUCACGGACUGGUGGCUGAGUCCAGAGAUCUUCCUGAAGAGGCCAGUGGUGGAGGGCAACAGGUGGCGGCUGGACUGCACCCUGAAACGCAAGGCACAACAGGGAGUGCGGGUCUUCGUGAUGCUCUACAAGGAGGUGGAGCUCGCCCUCGGCAUCAACUCUGGCUACAGCAAGAGGACCCUGGCACACCUGCACCCCAACAUCAAGGUGAUGCGCCACCCCGACCACGUCUCCUCCUCCGUCUACCUGUGGGCGCACCACGAGAAGCUGGUCGUCAUCGACCAAUCGGUGGCCUUCGUCGGCGGGAUCGACCUGGCGUACGGUCGCUGGGACGACCGGGAGCAUCGGCUCACGGACGUGGGGAGUGUGACGCACUCCGUGGCCCUGGAGCAGGCCGGCUCUGCUAAAGCCGUCUCCCGCAGCAACGGAUGCGGGGCGGAGCCUUGCGAGGCUGCCGAGCUGCCCAAGCUGAAGGGGAUUGGUCGAAACCGGCGGACCCGCUUCAACCUGUCCCGUCGUCUUCAGAAACACGGCCUGCAGCCGGCCGACAGCGUCAGCAGCCUGGACAGCACAGCCAGUGGCUCGCUGCACAGCCUGAAGACAGACGGGGUAGAGCUGCUGGGGAACACUCGCUUCUGGCACGGGAAGGACUACUGCAACUUUGUCUACAAGGACUGGAUCCAGCUGGAGAAACCGUUUGACGACUUCAUUGACCGCUACACCACUCCCAGGAUGCCCUGGCAUGACAUCGCCUCGGUCGUCCACGGCAACGCAGCAAGGGACGUGGCAAGACACUUCAUACAGCGCUGGAACUUCACUAAGAUCAUGAAGCCCAAGUAUCGAUCUCUCUCCUACCCCUGCCUGCUGCCCAAGUCCCACUCCUGCGGCAGCAACCUGCACUACCAGGUUCCAGACUGCGUCAACACCAAAGUACAGGUGCUGCGAUCGGCAGCUGACUGGUCGGCAGGGAUCAAGUACCACGAGGAGUCCAUUCACAACGCCUACGUUCAGGUCAUCGCCAAGAGCAAACACUACAUUUACAUAGAGAACCAGUUCUUCAUAAGCUGCGCAGACAACCGCAUGGUGUACAACAAAAUCGGCGACGCCAUCAUCGAGAGGAUCAUCCGAGCACACAAGGAGGGUAAGAGGUACCGUGUGUACGUGGUGACACCGCUGCUCCCCGGGUUCGAGGGGGACAUCACCACUGGGGGAGGAAACGCUCUUCAGGCCGUCAUGCAUUUCAACUACAGGACUAUGAUCCGAGGGGAAUACUCCAUUAUAUCUCAGCUGAAGAAGGAGAUGGACGACCAGUGGAUGAACUACAUCAUGUUUGGAAGCCUGCGGACCCACGCAGAGCUAGAGGAGCACCUGGUCACCGAGCUCAUCUACGUCCACAGCAAGAUGCUGAUCGCCGACGACAACACCGUCAUCAUUGGCUCGGCCAACAUUAACGACAGGAGCAUGCUGGGAAAGCGGGACAGCGAGGUGGCGGUGAUCAUCCAGGACUCAGAGACGGUCACUGCGGUGAUGGACGAGAAGGAGUACCAGGCCGGACCCUAUGCCCUGCAGCUCCGCCUGGAGUGCUUCCGCACCAUCCUUGGGGGUCACAGCGAUGCCACCAUCGACCUGUCUGACCCCGUCAGCGAUCGCUUCUAUAAGGACGUGUGGAUGGCCACGGCUGGCCGAAACGCCACUAUCUACGAGAAGGUGUUCCGGUGCCUGCCCACUUCCCUUGUGCGGAACAUGUCUGAGCUGGAGCAGUACCAGGUGAAGGCGGGCCUGGCCCAGACCGACCCCAUCCGCGCUCGAGAAGAGCUCCGCAAGAUCCGUGGCUUCCUGGUCCAGUUCCCGCUGGACUUCCUGUCGGAGGAGAAUCUCAUGCCCUCAGUGGGCACCAAGGAGGCCAUGGUUCCCACAGAGAUCUGGACCUAAAGCGGUCGGAGACAGACACCUGCUCAACCCUCCUACUAAAAAAAACUUGCCCAACCCUGACGUCCAUUAUGAUGAACCUCCUUGUUGAAGACCAUACAGGGGAUAUAUCGGAUAGGUCUACUAGAUGAAUAGCUCAGACCAUCCCUACUUCUUCUUCUGGUAUUUGGGGAUUUGACCAACCAGGCAACUGACCAAUCCCAAGGAGUCAACUUAAUUUCAGUUCAUGUUUGAGACCCCAGUGAUCUUGAUUGAUUAGUAAGGGACAAAAGGGUCAAUUGGCCCCAAGUGCUUGGGAGAAGACACCCCCCGCACGCGGUUAGACAGCAUUCACACUGUGUGCUCUUCAAGAGAGGCGUGACGAUGCUUGGAUCUUAGACAAUGAAAAAAGAAGGACCAGUAAGGUUUUUUCAUAAGGUUUCGCUGAAUUUCUGCCAUGCCACGAAGGUCAGCCAGUCAUUCCUCAAUGCAUUGAUUUGAGGAAUGAGGCAAUUCAUUUUUUUAGGGAAAAUAAUUAAGACCCAACUGUGGCUGGGAGUAACGAAUAGAAGUUCAGUCAUCCAAAUGAUACCUGAAGACAAGUAGGAUUUUUUAUAAGGGACCAAUAGCAUCGCUCAUUUCUUUCAAUCGGCUCAUCUUGAACCAGAUGCAGAGAUCUGCCUCUACUGCCCAUACGAGGACUGUGACACCAUCAAAUGUCAUUGAGUGAAGUAUUCCCACCAGAGGUGCAAUGCAUGUGAUUGAGUGAGUUCAAUAGGGGUGGAUUUUUUCUGUAUGUUGUGUAUGAGCUUACCAAAUAAUAUUUUUCUUUUCUACUAUGGAUGCUAUUUUGGAGUUGUGUCUUCUCUUGAGUAUGAAAGAUAACUUUUUCCGCAUCGACCCCGUGGAUAUGUGAAGAACCAUCAUAUCUUCCAAAGUAGGCCAACACUCUUUCAAGUAAGAUUACAAGCAUUUAGUAGGCUACUGUUUAUAUCGGUUGGGUUGCAAAACUGUUUACACAUUAUUUAAAUUAAGGUUCUGCUUCACGCACACACACACACACGCACACGCACACGCGCACGCACGCAUGCACGCACACUCACACCCACACGUUUUAAAUCAGAAGCGCCUCUGGCUUAAAGAUGACUUGGCCAGGUCAUCUCCAGUUCAGUUAUGUUUUGACUGGAUUGUUCAAACUCGCUUCAGACUUGAACUUUGUUUAACUCUGUUUAACUUUGGCAGUUCAUUUUAAAGCCAACCGCUGUUAUGACCACAAAUUUGUAAUGUUCUUUUAAAUCGAUUCGUCUUGUGGUCAACGUCAAAGUCUGAAUGAUUGAAAGAUUCAAUCGAGAAUCCGUCCACUGAUGCCUUUCGCGUAGUUGAUAGCUUUGGUGUUUAAAAGUGAGUUCAAAUGCAACUUAAGCUAGCCAAAACUUCCACAUACCCUACAGAUGAAAGACACAAUGACAGUGAAAUGAGCAAUAGGAUGCAAACGAUUAACUAGUUUAUUGGGUUGGAAAUCGAAAUGAAAUCUAAUAGAAUAGGCUUUGUUCAAUUCUGGAUUAUAGGCUUGUUUUGACAAUGGUGCCUAAAACACAAAAACAAAACCAACUUCUACAACCAGCCUCUACCAGUAUUUCAAACCACUAUUGGCUUAUAAGGCUUACUAAAGUUUAAUAAAGUUAAGAUGUUUUAGACUACUUUGACAAGGCUCAUGCCAGCCACCAAGACAGUGCAGUGCAGGUAAUUUCUUAUUAGAUUUAUUUUUUAUGUACGAACGACGCCAUCCGAGAUCGAUGGGUUUUCCCAUGCAUUGAGAUUUACUUUUAUGAUCUAUUAUGAAAAACUAUAUUCUUAAUUCAUUAAGACCCAUUGAUUCGCUCUCUAGCUUUCUCUUUAACCGAUGGCCAAAACUGACAACGGGACCGUCCUCUCUCCUCCUCUCCGUUCACACUCAUCCAAAACAUGGGCGGGAUUAAGAAUUGUUGCUCACCAGAAACACAACUCUAAAAUCUAACACAUGAUCCAAGUCUCAACUUGUCUUUUGGCGCUUUGCAUUGCAUGAAAAAAUUCCACGAUAGUUUUUCCAGCAAUGUCGAAUAUGGAAAGCCACUUGAAUCCAUAUUGUAUUAAGUCUAUGUUAAUUAAAUUUAACCUAUAUUAGAAAGUGUAUUUGCGUCGUGACACCUACAUUAAAGCUCCAUUGGACACGCAGUUAUUCACUAACUUUUUAAUUGUCGAGCUUGUUGUGUGCACCUUCUGAACUGAUAGUAUCCUCCCCAUCAUUCGUCAUCACUACCCAAAAAGAAUUGGCCAGCGACCAGCGGUUCUGAAGAAGUUCCAGAGCCACACCUAUGCAAUUCUCAAGAAGAAGUUGAACUAGUUAUAUCACUCUUGUUCUUCAUUUAACCAGUAGGGAUGGGUUGGUGCAUUAUUUAUGAUGGACCAAGUCUUUUAUUGCCUUAUUUUAUGAAACAGAGGAAUACUUUGGAAUACAUAUUUUUUAAGGCAGAAUUGGGUCUAAAUUCAAGCUUGGCUCUAUUUGCUCAUGCCCCAUAUGGCUGGGGAUUAUCUCUGCUUGUUGUAACUGGGACAUUUAGUAUUUUUGAUGUGUGGUCAGAAUAUGCUAACACAGAUGGUUAUUAUCUAUGUUUUUCCUCUUCCGUAUAUAACAUAUUUCUGUUGGCUCAAGCAUGAAGGAUGGAAUUUUGUUUUGUACAGUUGGAAUAAUUCAAAAUUGCUGUUUUUUAAAGCAUAAUUUAAAUUCAUAAUAAACAUGUCUGAUUUGUU